UUAAGGGUUCAUAUUUUUAGUGUUCUAGGUAGAGCAUUUCUUUGUUGUUCUUAUGCUAUUACAGGUCAUCACCAAAUUAUAAUCUGUUCUCUUCAAGAUGUUAGCAAGACAGGUCAAAAGAAGGAAAGAAAAAAAAGAACAAUGAUAUUCCUUGUCUGUCAAACAUCCGUGGGCAUGAAAUAUCACGCUGAGGAAGAACCUCAUAUGUUCUUCGGCUCUGUGUGCAUCUAUUCAUACAUACUACAAAAUCAGUGUUCCUCUUUCUAGAAAUGAGUUGUGUCUCCUUUAAACAAGUUUAUAUGGGGAAAAAGAACUCACUUCAAAUAUGACAUAACUAUGGUAUAGGAAUAUACCGUAGUUUCAAGCAGAAAGAUUCCACUCAAUUACAAUUAUACUCAAUUAUGCAGACCCUCUAAAUAUUGUUACAAUUAUGCUAACCUACUAUUUGAGCAAAUCUAUUUAAUCAAUGACUUAUUACAGUCUUGGAUAACACAAACCAUAACAAAAGACUUUAAAAAGUGUGUUAAUGAUAUGGCAAGACAAUAGGCUGAGCCCCUUUUGUCGUUUUGGACCACACAUGCAGCAGGCAUUAACACAGCUUGCCAUAAAAGGGACACAAGUGUUUCCCCCGAAUCCCAUCCCUAUCCCAUUCAUAGUGUCACACACCCUCUGAUGGCACAAGCAUCGACUAAAUAAGGACAACGAGCCAAGAAGCACGUCCCACUGGCCGGUAUAAAGAGGAGCCUUCACACUCCAGCACACAGCCCCUCUGCCUGAGUGGAUCUGGUGAGUGCGCAUGCGCAGUACACACAACAUGCUUAAUGAGACUUUUAAUUGUCUGUGCGUCUUUUCCGUCAAUUCUGUUGAAACAAAACUAACAAACCAACGUUCAAACCCUAAAACAUUAUGUUCAAACCCUAAAACUCACACUACUGAUGCAAAGCCGAAUUAGUAGCUUAACUCACUGACAAUAACUGGUUAGAAAAAAUAAUAGUAUACAACAGAAGCAAAAAACUGUAUUGUAUAUUGUAUUGUACUGUACUGUGUUUUCCCGUAAUUGUGUUUUUGAAAAAGAUGUUAAUUCAUGGAGUCAUUAAUAGCUGUGAUAGUGUUUAAAUGUUAGUUUUAAUUAAUGUUUUUGACUUUGUUAGACUGUCCAAUAUGUGUGAUGAUGAGGAGACUACAGCUCUGGUGUGUGAUAAUGGCUCCGGCUUGGUGAAAAGUGGCUUCGCCGGAGAUGACGCACCGAGAGCGGUAUUCCCGUCCAUCGUCGGGCGCCCACGUCAUCAAGGCGUCAUGGUCGGUAUGGGACAAAAAGAUUCCUAUGUGGGUGAUGAGGCUCAGAGUAAGAGAGGCAUCCUGACCCUGAAGUACCCCAUUGAGCAUGGCAUCAUCACCAACUGGGAUGAUAUGGAAAAGAUCUGGCACCACACAUUCUAUAAUGAGCUGCGUGUGGCACCUGAGGAGCACCCGACCCUGCUAACUGAGGCUCCUCUCAACCCCAAGGCCAACCGAGAGAAGAUGACACAGAUCAUGUUUGAGACCUUUAAUGUGCCUGCCAUGUAUGUGGCUAUCCAAGCCGUGCUCUCCCUCUACGCUUCCGGACGCACAACAGGUAUCGUGCUUGACUCGGGUGAUGGUGUGACCCACAAUGUGCCCAUUUAUGAAGGUUACGCUCUUCCUCAUGCCAUCAUGAGACUGGAUCUGGCUGGUCGGGACCUCACAGAUUACCUUAUGAAAAUCCUCACUGAGCGUGGCUACUCCUUUGUAACGACAGCUGAACGUGAGAUUGUACGGGACAUUAAGGAGAAGCUAUGCUAUGUGGCAUUGGACUUUGAGAAUGAGAUGGCAACAGCUGCCUCCUCUUCCUCUUUGGAAAAGAGCUAUGAGUUGCCUGAUGGACAGGUCAUCACCAUCGGAAACGAAAGAUUCCGCUGUCCUGAGACUCUCUUCCAGCCGUCUUUUAUAGGUAUGGAGUCUGCUGGAAUUCAUGAAACAACAUACAACAGCAUUAUGAAAUGUGAUAUUGACAUCCGUAAGGAUUUGUAUGCCAACAAUGUCCUCUCUGGUGGCACCACCAUGUAUCCUGGUAUUGGCGACCGCAUGCAAAAGGAAAUCACAGCCCUCGCCCCUAGCACAAUGAAAAUUAAGAUAAUUGCUCCUCCUGAGCGUAAGUACUCUGUUUGGAUUGGAGGCUCCAUCUUGGCCUCCCUUUCCACCUUCCAGCAGAUGUGGAUCAGUAAACAGGAGUAUGAUGAGGCUGGACCCUCCAUUGUUCAUCGAAAGUGCUUUUAAACAUUACUGCAUUGACCAUCUCCACUGCUACACUCAGUCACCUUCGCAGCUACUCAUGAAUGCAUUAUUUAUAGACGCAAGUGUCAUUUUAUGUUGCAUUGGAUUUAUAGGUACAGGUUCCCUAUUAAACAAUGAUCUGGAUUUAUUAUGUGCUUGAAAUGAAACCUGCUGGGAUUUGGAGUAGGCCAUGGCAAUCUAUGGGCUACUCCAACAAGGAGAUCAUGAAUAUAUGUAUCUUAUAUCUUUCUUCAUGUAUUAAAAAAUUAAACGAAAAAUUGAAUCCGUGGAGAAUUCACUGGAAGAUUAUAACCAAAUAUCCCAAGCAUGAAGUCAUCU